UUGGGAUUUUAUUGUGAAAGGAACUCCGUGCCCGCUGCUGUGGAUCUAUUGGUGCUGAGUAGCCGAUGCAUACUUGUCAAAUUAGCUUCGUUGAACGAGCUCACUGUUCAGGGACGUCUCUGGCAGAAGACUGCUGUGAUCGUGGCAGACGAGGACCGGAGCUUAAUAACCAUGACGACAGAAAUCUCCACCUCCAUAAACAUCAAGGAGCCUCGAUGGGACCAAGGGACGUUUAUGGGCCGGGCCAAACACUUCUUCACCGUUACAGACCCCCGCAACGUCCUGCUCACCAACGAACAACUAGAGAAUGCACACAAAGUCAUCAGUGACUACCGGCAAGGUGUGAUGUCCCCCGGGCUGACAGAGGACGAGCUAUGGCGAGCCAAGUAUAUCUUUGACUCAGCCUUCCACCCAGACACCGGAGAGAAGAUGAUCCUGAUUGGCCGCAUGUCUGCUCAGGUCCCCAUGAACAUGACCAUCACUGGCUGUAUGAUGACCUUCUACAAGACAACUCCAGCUGUAGUCUUAUGGCAGUGGAUCAAUCAGUCCUUCAAUGCAAUAGUCAACUACACCAAUAGGAGUGGAGAUGCUCCUCUCUCAGUCAAUCAGCUUGGCACAGCCUAUGUAUCUGCUACCACAGGGGCAGUAGCCACGGCUCUAGGACUAAAUGCACUAACAAAGCACAUAUCUCCCCUCGUAGGAAGGUUAGUUCCCUUCGCCGCUGUUGCUGCUGCGAACUGCAUCAACAUCCCUCUCAUGAGGCAACGGGAACUGAAACACGGCAUUCCGAUAACCGACGAGAACGAUAACCGGUUAGGAGAGUCAACGACCGCCGCUAAGCAGGCUAUCUCCCAGGUGGUGGUGUCUAGAAUCCUCAUGGCCUCUCCUGGAAUGGCUAUCCCUCCAUUUUUAAUGAACACCUUGGAAAAGAAAGCCUUCCUGAAGAAGUUCCCGUGGAUGAGUGCACCUAUUCAAGUGGUCUUGGUGGGAUUCUGCCUGGUGUUUGCCACUCCGCUGUGCUGUGCACUGUUCCCCCAGAAGAGCUCUAUGUCAGUAAGCCGAUUGGAGCCAGAGCUUCAGGAGAAGAUCCGUGUGAGCCACCCCGGUGUGGAGAGGGUCUACUUCAAUAAAGGACUAUGAGUGUCCAGCCCAACAGUAGCGUUCCUCAGAGCAGCUCUACUAGCAGACACCACAACCCUCCUCAUUCUGUGUGCCAAAGUUCACUUCUGCUUCUCAUCCUCUCCUCUUUUCUGUCCUCUGCUCCUCAGACAGAAUGCCUUGGUUCUCUCCCCUCUCCGUCUCCCUCCCCCCUCUCUCUUGUGCCGUCUCUCUCCUCUCCCUCCUUCCCUCUCUCUCUUUUCUCUCUUUCUUCUCUCUCCCUCUCUCUGUCUUCUCUCUUCUCACUGCUCUCUCCCUCUUCUCUCUCCCUCCUCCCCUCUGUCUCCCUCUCUCUGUCUUCUCUCUUCUCACUGCUCUCUCCCUCUUCUCUCUCCCUCCUCCCCUCUGUCUCCCUCUCUCUGUCUUCUCUCUUCUCACUGCUCUCUCCCUCUUCUCUCUCCCUCCUCCCCUCUGUCUCCCUCUCUCUGUCUUCUCUCUUCUCACUGCUCUCU